UGUGCGGUGUGCGUGCUAACUUCUCGUGCGAAUUAAGUGAACAGAGUGACAUUCGGAGCAAACAAGGCAAGCGCCGGUCCCCCUGCGUUAUUGGCUUUUCGAACGAAGCGAAUACUUCGCCUUGUCCACUUUCUUUGAACUUGCCGUCGCACGCGACAAUGUGGACGAUUCAACGCCACCCACGUGACACCGCAUCAUCAUGGGGACGAAGAAGUGCCGGGUCACGUGGCCCACAUUUUCUGACUUUGGCGUCGUGCUGAGACCGGUACUGGCACUUUCAACUGGACUUCGAUGACAGCUACGCCGAUGCCUGACGUCGUCGACGGGUGGUGGCCCGUGGGAACAAGGAAACUUGACAGUGGGUACCGAGGGCGGCAACACCACCAGCUACUGAGCUUCCAGGGUUGUGGGACAGCUCACCUCUCUCCCAGGUACCUGGGACCCCUAACCAAGCACCACUGCUGGAACCCUCAUCUGCUUCCCAGGAACCUGGGACCUCUAACCAAGCCCCACUGCUAUCUCAGGAAACUGAGUACUCCAGCACCCAGCCAGAUGACCCGGUGGACAACACAACGGAUUCCUCCUUGUCUGAAUCUUCAGAAGACGACUUCGAUUCAGAAGAGUCAAGUGAAGACGACACAUUCCAUGACGCCUCCGAUGAGGAGCCUGUCUGUGGAAUGGAAGGAAGUGUGCCAUCCAAUGAUGAACGUGUUUGUAGUGGGGGGGUGACUAAAGCGGAAGCCCUCAUUUUGAUUAUUUUGUUUGUAAUCCGCAGCGGGCUUUCAAUGACUGGGUUGAAGGACGCCUUGUUUCUGGUAAACACCUUGUUUGGAAGGCCGGUUGUGCCUAGCUCCCUCUAUAUGUUUGAGAAGUCUCUAAACUUCUGUAAGAAUUUCGAUCUCGUUUAUUAUUGUUUAUCUUGUUCUGUUGAAUUGACCUCCACUGUUCAGAAGGACAUACAGAAGUGCCGGAUUUGUAAAAAGUUGUUUGACGUUAGGAAAUCUGAUGGAUCUGGUUUUUUUUUUGACAGCCUCAUUAGCGUCUCAGCUGAAAAGUGUUCUGGAGAGUUUUUCUGAUCACAGCUUCUUAACUACAAGGUUUAAUCGACCAAGCAACACAUUUUCUGACAUAUGUGAUGGACAUAUGUACAAGGACUUAUGUAAAAAAUUCUCAGUUCUCGGAAAUCCCAAUAACAUUUCUUUUACCUUUAACACAGAUGGGUGCCCAGUCUUUAAAAGUAAAAAUUGCUCUAUCUGGCCACUUCAACUUAUUAUAAAUGAACUCCCGGUCUUUGAGAGGUUUAGGAAUGUCAUCCUUUCUAGUGUGUGGUUCGGAAAGAAUCACCCUCCAAUGGAGCUGUACAUGAAAAGCUUUGUGCAACAGUGUAAGGUUCUGUGUGAUCAGGGGUUUGUAUGGAAGCGCAACGGCACUGAGGUGCUAAGUAAGGCUUUCGCAGUAUGCUGCAGUGUGGAUUCGGUGGCCCGUCCUUUGUUACAAAAUAUGAUGCAAUUCAAUUCUUAUUUUGGUUGCGGUUGGUGCCUGCACCCUGGAUCUCUCGUUAACAGGUCAAUUCGCUAUACGGUCUCUGCAGAGGUAGCUGAUGACAGACAAUCGAAAAGUGCAAUCCGUGACAUGCGUGAAGCUGCAUCACAUGGUGUUAUUUGCAGAGGGUUUAAGGGUCCGUCUGCAUUGCUCAACUUGCCAUUUUUUAACGUUAUUGAAUCCUUUGUUCCAGACUACAUGCAUGCCGUCCUCCUCGGCGUGUCUCGUACACUUUUGAGCUUGUGGUUCGACAGCAACACCGGAGGGGGGUUUUAUCUUGGAGAUCCGGCAACCGUGAGGCUAGUAGAUCGCAGAAUGAAGGCCAUCAAGCCUCCUUCUAAGCUCGGCAGGUUUCCCCGGGGGGUCAGUGAACGAAAGCUUUGGAAGGCACAAGAGUACCGGUCGUGGCUUCUGUAUUAUUCGUUGCCGGUCCUCUAUGGCAUUUUGCCAGAACCCUUCCUUGGGCACCUCGCUCUUCUUGUACACUCCAUUUUUUGCCUAAUUCAGGACACACUUACAGGGGACGACAUCAACAUGGCCCAAAUUUUGUUAACGGAAUUUGUGAUCAAAUACAAUAUGCUAUAUGGGGACAUCAACAUGGUUUUCAACGUCCACUUACUCCAGCACUUGGCAAAGGAUGUUUUUCGUUGGGGGCCUUUGUGGACCCAUUCGGCCUUCUGCUUUGAGUCGUACAAUGGCGUUUUGGUUAAAUCUAUCAAAGGCAACCGUGGAGUAGCUAUGCAGGUGUUACACAAAGCUAUACUUAAACAGUCUGUAAAUUUUUAUGUCUUAACUAAAGGAACGGAUGUAAUGAAGAGAUCCCUUGCAUUUUUCAAGGAUGAGAAAAGGUGCCACUCGGGGGACACAGUCUCUGGCGUAACUCUUUUGGGCCAAGCACAGCCGUCCAAGUUCAGUAAUGCCGAAAAACGAUGCAUUAUCACUGCCCUUGGUACAGUUCCUUCAUGUCUUUCAGUCUUCUUAAGAUUCAUCGCUGGAGGAGUUUUGUACCAUUCAGCUCAAUACUCACGUCCUCAAAGAAGCGAUGACACUGUUGUAGUUCUUCAAGGCGAAAAGUUCGGCAUUAUUCGUUCGAUUUUUUCUUACAGGCUUAACAGUGCACAGGAAGUCGGUUUGAUUGUGGAGGUACUCGAAGUUGAGGAUGCAGCAUUUUGUGGUGCUCCCCAUAUUGCAGUUGGGGAGUUUUCUUCCCUCGAAAUGGUCGCUGUUUCAGCACUUUUGAGGAAGGCAGUGCGAGUGGAUGUCGAGAACUCUUCGUUUGUUUGUAAGGUUCCCAAUCUUCUGGAAAUUAACUGAUGCAGGCUGGGCUGCAGUCUUAAUAGGUUACCAGUUUUAUUUUUAAUUUGUCUGCUUGUUCAGGGUGCCUUCUGAAUUGCUUCUUUCAAAUUCUCUGACUUUUCCAAGUUUUCGCUGACUACGGUAGAAUACCGUGCAUCCGCCCACACCACACUAAGCGCCCAUUCCCAAAUUUGUAGGAUCUGAGAAAAUACGGAGAGUACAUUUAUAUGUAAAACUGAUGAGCGGAGAGGGGCCCAUCCGCUUUUUUUGCAAUUAUCUCCAAAGUUUGAGUGGGCACUUGCUUGGUAUUUUACAUUAUGUUCAGUGCGGGUAUGCCGAUGCACCGUGGUGCUUCGUUGCAUGCCACCAUGCCACUUAAACUGGCUGUUUUUCCCGACUUCAGCUAGCUGCUUGGUGGUUUUCCCGAUUAUUCUGACUUUUCAAGAUGUCGUAAAUUCUCUAGCAAUUCCCAGUUUUAGUGUUUCGGUUGCAUCUUGGGGAAUUUGUGUACUGUUAACGUUUGCCCCAGGUCCUCCGAGCUUUGAUGCAUUAACACACUUGACCACAGAUCCUUCUCUUUAAAUGCCAUUGAGCUUCCAUUUAUAUUUAUACUUUCAAUGGUAGGUGGAUGUAGCCCAGAAUCCCUUGCUUCUCCAGUGCAAGCUUUCCCUCCACAUGUCCAGUGCUGUGGCGCGUUAACACACUUGGUCACCAAUUCCUCCUAAUGCCGUUGCGCUUCCAUCAGGAUGUUUAUCAAAUUACUGAAUUUAAAUUCCCUGACUGUUUCAGGUUUUUCCCUGACAGUUUGUGGGUCGAAGGAUGGCAUUUCAGCAACAUUAUUUAGCAUAUAGGUGUGCCGAUGUGCAACCGUUGCACUUCAUUCUGCACGGCCGUGCCACUUUCAAUGGUCAUUUUCCCUUAUUUAACCACCUUUCAGACGGUUUUCCUGGUAACUCCCAGACUUUUCCAGAUGAUUUGAAAUUCCCUGAAAAUUCCAGGUUUUCCAGGUUGGUAGACAUCCUGUUCCAUGCAUAUUUGAGGAGUUUUUUUUUUUUUUUUCUAAGGGCCAAACUUAUGUGAAGCGAAACUGAGAUAAGGUGAGAAUGUUUGUUUAUAAAAUUAGCUUUUAACUAGUCCUAUAAUGCAGCCACCUGCACCAUGGUUUUCCUUGCAUAUUAUGACUGAUUUCAGCUUGCUGCAAUUUUUGGGAAUGAUGCACACCCACACGUUUUCCAAAUUUUAGCAAAAAUUGGCUUAGUUACGGUUUGUGGACUUAGCUCAUUUUGAGAAAAAAUUCUGCUGUAUAAUCUAUUUAUGCUUUUAAUAUUGGGAGAGGAUUUUGAGCCCAGAAUCCCUGGCUUCUGCAAUGCAUGCUUUCCCUUCUCAUUCUCCAAGCUGCAGUGAGGCAACACACUUGGACACCCAUUCCCCAUUUGAAUGCCAUACUUUGAUGCAUACUUGUGUGCAUGCUUUCAAUGUUCUCUUAUACCCCCCUCACUCAACUUUAUGCAACACUUCUCUGAAACGUGAAUUCUUGUAGUAUUUUAUGAAUAUUGUGAACACAUGGGCUUCACUGACACUUAGUCAUUACAGUGCAAAUUUGAAAUAUGGUAUCUGAUAAUAUGUGUAAUAUAGAUAUAUGCAUCUCAUUCAAAGAAAACUAUUUGUCCUUCUAUUCGCUUUGCAGUCGAACGUCAUAUUCUGUGGUUUGAGAAACUGCCUUUAUGUUAGAUUCAGUUGCCAUCCUGCCGUGGAAUGAUUGUUUUGUCAUGUAGAGCUGUUAUUGUACUUGUUUUUCUUGUCUCAUUCUAUGGCCAUUGGAUCUGCAUAUAAAAUAAACAUACAGAGUCCAGU